AUGGCUUCUGCGCAAAAGGAUUUGCCUGCGGCUGGCGAAAAGCCAGUUUCAACAGAGAACAAAAGCUCCAAAUCUGAAACAGAGGUCAAAAGUCCCAAGUCUGAAACUUCCUCUGGAGAUUCACAGUCAGGACAAACAAGAGCUGCCCCUUUCCAACUUCCAGAAGCCGGAUUUGCUGCUCCCAAUCCUUUUGAUUUCUCUGCCAUGACUGGCUUGCUGAAUGAUCCAAGCAUUAAGGAACUAGCUGAACAGAUAGCAAAAGAUCCUUCAUUCAACCAGAUGGCAGACCAACUUCAGAAAACUUUUCAAGGUGCAACAAUUGACGAGGGUGUCCCUCAGUUUGAUAGCCAACAAUAUUAUUCCACCAUGCAACAGGUUAUGCAGAAUCCUCAAUUCAUGACCAUGGCUGAGCGCCUCGGUAAUGCAUUGAUGCAGGAUCCGUCUAUGAAUACCAUGCUCGAGAGUUUUGCAAAUCCAACAAACAAAGAUCAGCUUGAGGAACGUAUGUCACGUAUCAAAGAAGAUCCUUCUUUGAAGCCUAUUUUAGAAGAGAUAGAGACUGGUGGUCCAGCUGCCAUGAUGAGAUACUGGAAUGAUAAAGAGGUUUUGCAGAAGUUGGGAGAAGCAAUGGGUCUUGCAGUUCCAGGAGAUGCAGCUACUUCUGCUGACAAUUCUGGACCAGAAGAAGUAGAAGAUGCUGGAAAUGAGGAUGAAUCAAUCGUUCAUCACACUGCUAGUGUUGGUGAUGUGGAGGGUUUGAAAAGUGCCCUAGCCUCUGGUGCUGACAAGGAUGAGGAAGAUUCAGAAGGAAGGACAGCACUGCAUUUUGCUUGUGGAUAUGGUGAGGUGAAGUGUGCUCAAGUACUUCUUGAGGCUGGAGCAAGAGUGGAUGCUCUGGAUAAGAACAAGAACACGGCGCUUCAUUAUGCAGCCGGUUAUGGCAGGAAGGAAUGUGUGGCUCUUCUAUUAGAGAAUGGCGCUGCUGUCACUCUCCAGAACAUGGAUGGAAAGACUCCGAUCGACGUUGCGAAGCUGAACAGCCAAAACGAUGUGCUAAAGUUGCUCGAGAAGGAUGCCUUCCUGUAA